CAACAUUGCGGAGCUUAGCAGUUAGCCGUUGCUAGGUUCUGCGUUACCUUACGUUAGCUGAGCUAGCGAGCAGGCUAAUGCAUGCUAACAUAAGGAGUCUUUGGUGUAGCUGGGACUUUAUGUUGCUUAUACUUGCGCUUAUAAACCCAUUAGCCGUGCACUGUGAUAUUUCAUAAUACAGAUAUUAUCGUAUUUUGCUUACAUUUUGGGUAACGUGUUAGUUGAAGAACCCGUUGCUGUAAUGUUAGCGCCAUACUGUCCCGUCUGGUCACAUAACGUUAACCUAAUGUUGUUAGCGAAUGCACUGUCAUCAAGAAGAAGACAGAAAGUCUGAGGCCUUAGACCAUAAACCAAUCACCAAGUUAGCUAACUGGCAGGCUACUUGCUAGCUAGAGUUAAGUUACGGUAUGUUAACUGCAAACCAGAUGGGACUGUAAGUGUGCCUCAGUUAUAACGUUAGUUGUAGCAGCUGUAUCUUGUUUAAUCACCUCAGAAGUUGCUGUUCUGGAUUUCAAACAUUAGCAUAACACAGUUAAAUAGCCCCAACAGGGCAAAGUAAAAUGAUUUAGUAAUUUGCUUUACCCUGUUUAAAGUAGGACAACAAAGAUAACGUUAGCGUUAACGUUACUUGUUAAAUUGUCCCGAGUGGGCAGGCUAGUUCGACUCUGCCGUGAGGACACACACUGAUCUUCCAGGCAGUCAGGUGGUACUAAUACCUGUCAGACCAACCAUUAUCAACACUUAGAGCUGAUACUUGCUAUUGCCAGACCAGUUGGUUUGUUUGUUCAGGCCUGGGUUUGGUUAGUAAAUGUUACCUUUUGUGGAUAAUUUCUCUGUACUUUGAAGCUUUUUGUUGCAAGAUGUCAGAUCAGUCCCAACAGAGGAAAUUCCCUCAAUACUUGUGUACCUACUAUUCAACGUUUGCCAAAUAAGGCGUUUUUUUUGUUUUUUUCCCUUCAAAGGAAAUGUGUGAGCUGUGAUGCAUGUUUAAAAGGGAACUUUAGAGGAAGACGGUUCAAGUGUUUAAUUUGCUACGAUUACGACCUGUGCGCAUCGUGCUACGAGAGCGGAGCCACAACAACAAGACACACCACAGAGCACCCCAUGCAGUGUAUAUUAACCAGGGUAGACUAUGAUCUGUAUUAUGGAGGAGACACUUUUUCAGUAGAGCAACCCCAGUCAUUCACAUGUCCUUACUGUGGCAGGAUGGGCUUCACAGAGACGUCCCUACAAGAGCAUGUCACCUCUGAACAUGCAGAGACUUCCACCGAAGUGAUCUGUCCAAUAUGUGCUGCCUUGCCAGGAGGGGACCCCAACCAUGUCACAGAUGACUUUACAGCUCACCUUACACUUGAACACAGAGCGCCAAGAGAUUUAGAUGAGUCCAGCAGUGUUCGACAUGUACGCAGGAUGUUCCACCCUGGACGAGGACUGGGCGGACCCAGAGCACGACGGACAAAUAUGCACUUUACUAGUGGCUCCACAGGGGGACUUUCAUCCUCUUCAUCACAGAGCUCCACGUACACACCCAGUAACAGAGAGGCAAUGGACCCAAUUGCAGAGUUGUUGUCUCAGCUGUCAGGUGUGCGGCGUGCGGCGGGGGGGCAAAUAAAUUCAUCAGGGCCUUCAGCCUCCCAGCUCCAGCAGCUCCAGAUGCAACUGCAAUUGGAGCGGCAGCAGGCUCAGGCAGCACGACAGCAAGUGGAGACGGGCCGCCACGCAACGCGACGCAGCAAUAACCCAGGCAACUCUGGCGCCACCAACCCUCCAUCCAACACAGGAACUGCCAACACUGCCACCGUGGGUGAAAGCAAUCCCUCAUCCUCGUCCCACAGCUCCCAGUUCCUAUUAGCACGGUUGAAUGAACCUAAGAUGUCCGAAGCAGAGCGGCAGUACCUUGAAGGAGAGCGCGCAGACCGCAGCCUGUUUGUCCAGGAGCUGCUUUUGUCCACACUGAUGCACGAAGAGAGCUCUUCUUCCGAUGAGGAAGAGCGCCGAGACUUCGCCGACUUUGGAGCCAUGGGCUGUGUGGAUAUCAUGCCUUUAGAUGUGGCGUUGGAGAACCUCCAGCUUAGAGAGCUCAGCUCUACGGGGAAGGAGCCUCCGCCGCCUCCUCUUUGAUGUCCGGGCAUCAAGCAGACUGUGUCCUCUCUGCUGCAACUGUCAGUGAUGGGCAGCAAACAGCAGCAGUCCUCCCUGGCCUCACUCUCCUUUCUCCUUCCUCUAUUUUCUGAGUUUGUUUUUGGUGAUUGUAAUUUCAGGCCUGUCACCAGUUUUGUUACAUUGUAAACAAAAAUAAAUGAGAGCAAGUGGGAUAAAUGUGCGAGUGCGCAAUAGCAACUGAGUGAGCGAACGAGAGAAGAGAAAUAUAUAAAUAUAUAUAAAAUAUAUAUGAAGUUGAUAAUCAAUCCACAUAACUUUUCUUUUCUUUAUCAGGUAAAUGUUACAGGCAGCUGUGGCAGACCUUUGCUUCCUGUGACAUGCAAAUGGCUCCAUAUAAAUACUCCACAUUCACAAGUCAAGAGGGCAUAGGCUCCUCUGAUGAAGCUGCUGUGUGUUUAUGACUAUUAAUAAAUAAAAAGUGCUUGGAUGGGUUACCAUAA